ACAAAACAAAGUUCGCUCAUUUCAUCAAAAACGAGUAAAAGCAACUCGAAUCAGCCAUUUUCCAGAAGGAACAGAGCCGACAAUCGUUACGAAUCGCAACCAGCUACUCAUCCGAUGUACGGAACUUCCUCUCUCUACCCAAGACCCGGUGUUUCCGGUCACUCCGUUAACCAGCCUUUCACCGGCCGCACAUCUUCUUCACAUCACAACUCUUCUUCCGCCUCCCCUGGGUUAGGGAUUAGGGUUGCUUUGAAGCCGGAAUAUAGAAUUACCCCUCCUCCUCAGUUGUCUCCCCAAUUUGGAGAUAUUCCAAGGAGCAUAUUCCAGUUUGACUUUGAUCUUGAGAUGAAGAUAUUAGCUGAAGCAGAAAAAGAGAACCCAAAUUGGAACAAGCUUGUGCUAGAAAACAUUCCAUCUAAUAAUACUGCACCAACAGCAUCAUCUUUGGGUUCUGUUACCAAUCCUGUUAUUAACAAAUAUAUAGCAUCAGGUCUUAACAGGGAGGCAGUGCCUUUUGCAGUAGCACAUUAUGGUGACAACCCAACAAAGGUGAAGGAAUUUGUUAAUGGCUACAAGAUGCUAAGAGAAAUGGGAUUCUCGUCAAAGAAUGUGGCCGAAGCUCUAAUCUUGUACGAAAACGAUCCAGAAAAGUCACUAGCUCAUUUUCUUAAUAGUGCAUCAUUAUCCUGAAGAUGGAAACAACACAAGUCAUCCGGUUUCUGUACAAAUGAUUUGAAAUUCUCCAAAAAAGAACAAACUAUUAUGGUGAUGGAUUGUGAUUUUGUUAGUUUGAAAUUGUUAAUAAGGUUCCAUGAAUACUGUUGUCAUUGUGUUCGAGGUUUUUUAUGUUUA